AUGAGACCCCAUUUCAGUAGGAAAGAAGGCGCAGAAGGGGGAGGGGGGGCGGCGGGCGCGCAAGUUGAGGAGGAGGAUGACGAUGACACCUGUUGGCAGCUCUGCAUCGAAAAGUUUCCACCACCUCUGCGCGCCCUCUGCGAAUCACACAGAUUUGAAAACUUACAUGUCUUCCCCGAGCUGGAAGAUGCAAUGAUACAAUCGACAUUUGUGGAGAUGUUGUACCAAAGGUACUUCCUCCGGAUGAAUCAGACUAACAUGACACAUCUCCUGGGACUGCUGCUGGCUGUCGCAAUCAUACUCCUUCUGGUACAAGUGCGGACCUUGCUCCUCGCGCAGAACUAUCUGAGCAAGCUGCUGCCUGACAACAACCUGACAGGGACGAGUGUGAGCGCCGGUGCGUGCGCUCUUUUCACAUACGUCAUCUAUGCGACGCUGCCGCUAAGGCUACACGAGGCAACGCUGGGUGGCAUCGCUUUGGCCACCGUCAACAUCGGCGCCCAUCUCAUACUUGACAGGACUUCGGAUAUGGAGAUUUUUUGCACCGCGACAACCCUGCUGGCUUGCAACCUAUCUGGAAUCAUGACGCAUCACCCACGCGAGCUUGCUCAACGCCGCGCGUUCCUAGAGACUAGGGACUGCGUCGAGGCAAGGCUGGUCAUGCAACGUGAGAACCAACAGCAGAUCAAAAGCUUGGACCUAGAAAGCUGGAAUUCGCGCAGAGGUUCUCUAAAAACUUCGUAUAAAACGUGCAUUCUCUUCGCGGACAUCUGCGGCUUCACAUCGCUAUCGGACCAGUGCACUGCGGAGGAACUGGUCCGCCUACUCAACGAACUCUUUGCAAGAUUCGACCGUUUGGCAGCAGAACACCACUGCCUACGAAUCAAGCUACUGGGCGACUGCUACUACUGUGUCUCUGGCCUUCCAGAAGCACGCGACGACCACGCCAAGUGCUGCGUUGAGAUGGGGCUGGACAUGAUAGAUGCGAUCGCGCGAGUCCAUAUCACCAAGGAGACGCUGCGCUGCCUGGGUGACGACUACAAGGUGGAGCCCGGGCACGGCGGCCAACGCAACGCUUACCUGAAGGAUCACAAUAUUGAGACCUACCUCAUUGUACCGGAUGACACAAGCCGCGUUGACAAGAAACCACAGCACUCGUUCUCCAUCAACGGCAACGUUUCAAAGGAGAUGCGUGUCAUGGGCCACGGUUCACAGCACGGAAAACAUGCGUCGAAGAUUGACCCAGCCAGCGAGAACAAGAAGCCAGAAGAUGAGGUGAAUGAAUACCUGAUGAAAGCUAUCGACGCUCGGUCGAUCGACCGCCUGCGCACCGAACACUGCCGGCCGUUCACGCUCACUUUCCGCGACCCGAAGAUGGAGCAAAAGUACACAAAUGAGCGGGACAGAAUGCUCAAAGUAUACUUCAUCUGCUCGCUCGUAGUUUACGUGGCCGUGGUCAUGGUACAACUGCUGGCAUUCAACAUUAACGUGAUCGGCUUUAUUUUCAUCGGAGCUUGCGGUCUCGUCGUCCUCUCCGCCACGUACGUCGUUCUCUGCAUUGAUUUCAAGGUGCUUGGACUAUACAGUGGCUCCCGAUUGGAUCCUAAGACGUCGCUACAUGAUGCUGCCAGCAGUGCCUUUUGUCCAUAUGAUAUGAACGAGCACUACCUCCAACUGACACUGAUGGUGAUGUUCCUGUGCGCUGUACACCAGAUUCUUAUUACAAUCGUGAAGACAAUCCUGCUCUUGAUAACCUCAGUGGCAUACUUGGUCAUCACAACUCAAGAGCACAUGUACCUUACUAACUACUUCUUCGAAUUCCAACACCACUGCGGCCUGGAUUGGAACCAGCAGUGGACGAACAUCGUUAUCACCCUAGGCGCCACUGUUGCGCUGAUGCUGCAUUCACAGCAAACAGAGAGUACAUACCGAUUGGACUUCAUCUGGAAACUACAGGCUAAUGAUGAAAAAGAGGAUAUGGAACACCUGGAGGCUUACAACCGUAAACUGCUCGCAAACAUUCUUCCUGAACAUGUCGCACAACAUUUCCUUUGCAGCGAUAAGAACAUCGAUGAGCUGUAUCACGAACAAUGCGAGUCUGUUUGCGUAAUGUUCGCUUCGAUCCCGAACUUCUCGGAAUUUUACGUGGAGCUGGAGGGCAACAACGAGGGCGUCGAGUGUCUCCGCCUCCUCAACGAGAUCAUCGCUGACUUCGACGAGAUCUUGGCUGAGGACCAGUUCAAGCUUGACGGCUGCAACGCGAGACCUUCGAGGGUACCGCCACGCAUCAACAUCGGACCGGUGGUUGCUGGUGUGAUUGGUGCUCGCAAGCCGCAGUACGACAUCUGGGGUAAUGCCGUCAACGUUGCAUCGCGAAUGGACUCCACUGGCCUUUUGGAUCAUAUCCAGGUGACGCAGGAGGUUUACGAUAUCCUAGCGGCGCGGGGCUACAGUCUGCGGUGUCGGGGUACGGUUGAUGUCAAAGGCAAAGGCAACAUGGUGACAUUCUUCCUUGAAGGAGUCGGUGAUGCUAUGAACCCUGGCUGUCGCGAUAUAUACACUAAUCCGCAGCCCUCCACGUCGUCGGAUGGGGGGCGCGAGGAGCUGAGCGCGCGGCCCGACCACUGUCCUCUCGAGACGCUCUCCGAGGGAUGCACGGACGAAGACGGACCCUCACCACGAGCGUCCAUACCAAGGGAAAACCAUACUGACACGGUGAGCCCUAUCCUCCACAAUGGCGGUUCCUCCUCUCGUGAGAGUUUGGCCAGUGCUGUGAGAGCAAGAGUAUUGCGCCGGCUUGAGAGGCCACAGUCCCUCGCCGACGAACCAAGUCUACCAGCCAUCAUCUCGAUGAUCAACGCACGCGCGCAUUCCACAGACUUGGAAUAUGCUGACGAGAAGAAGAACUAUUCCCUUAGAGAUGUGACGAAGACCGUUAUGGAAUCCCGCAGCAGCGGAGAGAUCGAGGCUCUCCUCGACGGUAGAGGGCCUCGUAGAGCAGCCAGUUUAGCGGACUUCCUAUUCAGGCGGAAACAACCUAAACUCAACCUCACUGCGGUCAAUAUUAUCGCCAACCCAAUGAAUGUGGUAUUCGACUGCGAGACCCGAGGAUCACCCGAACCGACAUUCACAAGCUAA